GGCAGAUAUGUCCUUAGGUCAAAAAUCGGACGUACCAAUUAGUAACAUUUCAAGCUGUUAGUGCUUCACCAUGGCGAUGAGAAAUCUGGUUGAGGGGGAGUGUGGUGGAGCGAACUCGUUGAUGAAGCUCACCUCUCACAUGACAAAUGACAGGGCUCUCAGACAGGAGGGAUUCCUGCCAGGAAGACCCGGGUCAAGAAUACAGCAUCCAAUUGAAAGACCUUUAGCAGAGGCGUCACCGAAUGAGUUGGUGGAUGAGUUCCUGGGUGGUCAGCGUGUUGCCAUGGCACCACAGACAUUCCACAUGGGCAGUCUCCUCCAGGAGAUGCGGGAGAUAGAGGGGGCUGAACAACACUUCAUACCACAGAGAGGUCCAGCUAUUGCGGAGCUUGCUGCUCGAGACCAAGGAGGUUGGGCCAGCGAAUAUCUCGCUGUGGAACAUGAGCACCCACAGGAGGAGUGGUCACAUGACUUCCUUAACAACCAGCCUGGCAAUCAGAUAACGAGGGCGCCUCCUGUGGAAAUGAAAUGGGCUGGAGAGUACUUGGACCAGAGUGAACAAAGACCUUGGACUCAAGAAGGGGAGCAUGGAGUUUUAGACGACAACCAAUGGAUUGAAGACUUCCAGGCACAAGACGAUCUCCAGAAAAUGGCUCAAGAGUUUGUGAACAGUGUUGAGGAUUCAAAAUUAAACAGCUCUGAGUUUAUGAGAUUUGUAAAAAAGAUUGGCGAUGGGGAUGUUACAAUAAAAGAUAAUGAGGUUUUAGAAAAGUCCGCCGAUGUAAAAUCAGAGGAAUGGGCUAAUGAAUUCUCACAAUCUAGUCAGGGAAAUCAAGCACAGGAUGGCCGCUCCCUUGUUGACAAAUGGGAGGAAGAGUUCAUGGCUGAGAAGAGCGUCAAUGAUGCGGAAUUCUGGGAAAAACUGGAACAACAUUGGCAGGAUGUGGCACAAACGAGUGAGAAUCAUGCAUGGCUGACCGACUUUGAAGACAGCUCACAGUAUAAGGAGUACAGAUUUGAAGAAGACAAUCCACUGAUAAACCACCCUGAUCCUUUCCAAGCUGGACUUGAGAGACUCCAACAGGGUGACAUUCCAAAUGCUGUCCUGUUGUUUGAAGCUGCUGUGAAAAAAGACCCUGAACAUGCGGAGGCAUGGCAAUAUUUAGGGACAUCACAGGCAGAGAAUGAACAAGAACCAGCUGCAAUUGCUGCUCUUAACAAAUGUAUAGAUCUCAAUCCAGGCAAUCUGAUGGCACUGAUGGGCCUAUCUGUAAGCUAUACAAAUGAGUCCCUGGCAUCCCAUGCCUGUCAUACUCUCAGACUGUGGCUCAAAAACAAUGAAAAAUACGCACACCUCGUUCCAGAACCAGUUGAGAGACACCCUAAAGUCUCAUCUUAUGUGUCAAGUGGUGAGCACAAGGAGAUACAGGAUCUGUAUAUCGCAGCAGCACGUGGAUCCCCAGCUGGCGAGAUUGAUGCUGAUAUACAGAGUGGUCUGGGAGUGUUGUUUAACCUCAGCGGAGAGUAUGACAAAGCUGUUGACUGCUUCUCUGCUGCACUACAAGUCAGGCCGAAGGAUGCCCUGCUGUGGAAUAAGCUUGGAGCUACCCUGGCCAAUGGUAGUCGCAGUGAGGAAGCUGUAGAUGCCUACCACAAUGCCCUGCAACUCUCCCCGGGCUUCAUACGCUCUCGGUACAACCUGGGUAUCGCCUGCAUCAACCUUGGCGCUCACAGAGAAGCAGUUGAACAUUUCUUAACAGCCUUAAAUAUGCAAAAACAAUCGCAUGGGAUGAAGGACCCCCACGGAAUGAAGGACCCACAGAGUGUGAUGUCACAGAAUAUCUGGAGCACAUUGAGAAUGGCCAUAUCCUUGAUGGGACAGACUGAGCUCUACCAGUUAUGUGAUAAUAAGGAUGUAGAUGGUUUGCUGGCACAGUUUGGUGUUAAUGGGAAUUCUUGAUACAUAGGAGAGGAUGGUUGUUCAGACAAUGGGGUCUUCUUAGGAAGAUGUUCCCAACAAAUUUGUGAUACUCAUUGUAAUCAUGGAGAAAAACCUGUACAUUAUAGGAAUGGAACUGUUCAUUCUAACUGCAGGAGUCAUUGGGAUACUAAAAGUCAUCAAGUUAUGGCUAAUCACAGAAGCUGGAAGUCUACAUCCUGUCAAAAGCCGGCUAAAAGCAGUGAUGCUGACAACAGCAAAUCCCAAGAAAAAAAUAAUCACUGUGAUGAAGAUGAUGUUGGUGAUCAUUGCAAACCUCAAAAUGAAAAUGUGCCUUGUAGCAUUUAUUUAAUAGGAGACCAGGCCGGCCAUUUGGUUUCAGGAAUUCAGCAACAGGAGUUUGCGGCAUCCUAUUCUGAUGUUGAUAAAGAUUCAUCAAUAAGGACUGAACAUUUGUCCUCAAGUAGGUUUACACUUUCAAAAGAUAAACAUUGUUCGGUUAAAAACCCAAAUUUUGCUUCAAUUGAUGGAUGUGAUCAUGAAAGGACUUCUGUCAAAAAGGAUUAUGAAUCAUAUGAUAACUGUUAUGAUGUUGAAAUUCCUGGUGUUCUGAAACUGAUAUUUGAUUAAUAUUCUGAUUUCUGGAGAUAUGUAUUUGUUAUUAAUUACAUGAACUACUCUGUUGGUAUAUAUAUAUAUAUAUAUAUAUUAUCUUCAGAGAUUUCAACAUUUCCAACAUUAACGCUAGUUCCUUGAUCCUUGAUGUAGUGGCUAUAUCAUUGUUUAUACAUGCUGCAGUGAUUUAUAGAGAUUUAUCAGUGAAAUAAAAAAGAUUUUUCACUGCUUCAAACAUUAAAUAUAUGAACAUCAUGUCAAGUGCGAUUUUUUUCACUGUUUUAAAACAUGGGCCCACUGACAUGCCCAAACCAAACGUCAUUGCAUACAGGGCUGGGACUCAAUUUUAACAAUGUCACAGAAAAUGGCAUGGUUUGCUGAAUAUCUACAACUAACAGCUAGUGUGUAUCCUUUUUAGUGAUAUAUAAUAAAACAAGACCUAUACAUGGUAGUGGCAGGUGGAGCCUUGGCGGGCUCGGUAAUGUCUCUUGAUGAUAAGGGGGGUGGGGGGAGGUGUUGUCACACUCUAUGUAUGGACAGGCAUCAACAUUUAGCUUUAUUUUUAACGGAACUAUCACAAAACUAGCUUAUUUGUGGGUCAGAUACCUUAAAGUGCUCUCAAUCAUUGUCUUAUAUAUCAAGGGGCUCAUUAUUAGCUCGACUAUUUGAAGAAUAGGUUGACUAUACUACUCGCUUGGCGUCGGCGUCCGGUUAAAGUUUUAGGGCAAGUUGAGAUUUUCACUUAAAACUCCAAUACCAUUCAUUCAAUUGACUUAAUACUUCACACAGUUGUUCAGAGCCAUCACAUAAUGAGGUUAGAUAACUCCAUAUUAUCUUUUAUACAAAUUAUGGCCCCUGAUUGAAUAUGGAAAUUAGGUUAAAGUUUGAGGGCAGGUUGGAAUAUUUAUUAAUAACUUCUAUACCCUUCAUUCAAUUGACUUUAAUAAUACUUCACACAAUUGUUCAGGACCAUCACCCAAUGAGGUUUCAUAACUCCAUAUCCUUAAUACAAGUCAUGGCCCCUGAUUGACUUAGGUUAAAGUUUUAGGCAAGUAAAAGUUAAGGGCAAGUUGGGAUUUUAAUAAAAAAAACUUCUAUACCGUUCAUUCAAUGCACUUAAUAAAAUUCAAAAUUAUUUACGACCAUCUUACAACAAGGAACAUAACUCCAUUUUAACCCUAAAUACAAAUUAUGGCCCUUAAAUUUUUUUAUUUUUUUUUUUAUUUCUUUUGAAAGGCAUACUUGUAUAUUCUUAACCACAUUUUCAUAAUGGGAAAUCAAGUUAUUUGAAUGACUUGCAUCAUUUUUCGGGCAGGCUGGUGGGAGGGCAGCAUCAAAGUCACCUUAUGUAUCGAAUAAUUUUAGUUAGGUUUGACAUAAAGAGACCAAACUUGGAAAUAUUACAUCGUUAUUGUGUUCAAUUCUAAGUCAAAGCGGCGUAGUCGAGCCCGCUGUCUUACGACGGCUCUUGUUCUAUAUUAUACUCUGUUAUUGCUAUUUCUAUAAUAUUUAAUUCAGUGAUAAAUUUUUGCAUUUUUAUGCCCCCGAAGGUGGGCAUAUUAAAAUCGCACCGUCCGUCCGUCCGUCCGUCUGGCUCUGUAACUUUCCCUUGUAUGGACAGAUUUUAAAAUAACUUGCCACAUGUGUACCACAUACAAAGACGACGUGUCGCGUGCAAGACCCGUGUCCCUACCUCAAAGGUCAAGGUCACACUUAGUGUUUAUUCACAAUGGAGUGCUGCAUAUAAGGACAUAGAGUAUAGGUUGUCGUGUCCGGGCUGUUACUUUCUCUUGUAUGGACAGAUUUCAAAAUAACUUGCCACAUGUGUUCCACAUACCAAGAUGACGUGUCGCGUGCAAGACCGGUGUCCCUACCUCAAAGGUCAAGGUCACACUUAGUGUUUAUUCACAAUGGAGUGCUGCAUAUAAGGACAUAGAGUAUAGGUUGUCGUGUCCGGGCUGUAACUUUCCCUUGUAUGGACAGAUUUCAAAAUAACUUGCCACAUGUGUUCCACAUACCAAGAAGAUGUGUCGCGUGCAAGACCCGUGUCCCUACCUCAAAGGUCAAGGUCACACUUAGUGUUUAUUUACAAUGGAGUGCUGCAUAUAAGGACAUAGAGUAUAGGUUGUCGUGUCCGGGCUGUAACUUUCCCUUGUAUGGACAGAUUUUAAAAUAACUUGCCACAUGUGUUCCAUAUACCAAGAUGACGUGUCGCGUGCAAAACCCGUGUCCCUACCUCAAAGGUCAAGGUCACACUUAGUGUUUAUUCACAAUGGAGUGCUGCAUAUAAGGACUUAGAGUAUAGGUUGUCGUGUCCGGGCUGUAACUUUCUCUUGUAUGGAGAGAUUUUAAAAUA